AAGACCAAUGUUAGGGAGCACGAGUAAUUUUAAUAGCAAUCGACCCAAGAAAGGCAUAUGGUUACCGACACGUGAAACAAGCCCUGCACCCUCACUCGCCAACAAGCAUUCCGCAGCUGUGGCCGCUCCCGGAACUGCGUAUGCCCAGUGCAGUGUUUUACACACCAGACUUUUUGAGGGCUUAACUUAAAAAAAAAAAAAAAAAAAAGUUAGGAGCUGACUCUGCUAUCAGUCCCGGGCCUUAGGGUGGGUAGGGGCUGAAGAGACGGAGGCACCAAACAUGCAAACAGGCUGAACGGAAUGGAGAGUGGGAAUGGUGCCUGCCGGCCCGCCUUGCGGGCUGAAGGGAUAAGUACUGAGGCCUGAAAAGGCUCCACGCGCGGGCGAGGGCCCGUGGGCCAGAAGCGAGGGUGUCGUAGCGGUGACGCCACGGCCGCGCCCGUCCAGGGUCCCGCCAGUGCGGAAAGGGAAACCCCGGGGGCGGAGCCGGCGCGCAGGACGGCGCCUGCGCAGUCACUCCCGUGCGCCGCGGCGGAGCGGAGUCACCGCGGGGAAGUCCCGCCUCCUGGGUUCCCGUGGGGGAACGGCGUCGGUUGGGCUACAGCAACGCGCCUAACUCGGGGCGUCGGGACUUCCGGGAAGCUUCUGGGCGUCAUUUCCGCCCUCGUCCCCCGCCCACACGGAGGGGGCGGAGCCGGGGACCGGCGCUCUGCCGGUGCGUCACUUCCAUUGAGCCGAGCGGCGACAACGGCAACAUGGCCCUGAACGGUACAGAAGUCGACGAUUUCUCCUGGGAGCCUCCGACCGAAGCGGAGACGAAGGUGCUGCAAGCUCGGCGGGAGCGGCAGAACCGCAUCUCCUCGCUCAUGGGCGAUUACCUGCUGCGUGGCUACCGCAUGCUGGGCGACACGUGCGCGGACUGUGGGACCAUCCUCCUCCAAAACAAACAGCGGCAGACCUACUGCGUGGCUUGUCAGGAGCUCGAUUCAGACGUGGAUAAGGACAAUCCGGCUCUGAAUGCCCAGGCUGCCCUCUCCCAAGCUCGGGAGCACCAGCUCGCCUCUGCCCCGGACCCCCCCUCAGGCACUCGGCCCGCCCCUCAGCCCCCAGUACCCCGCCCAGAGCACUGUGAGGGAGCUGCGGCAGGGCUCCAGGCAGCCCAGGGGCCGGCCCCUCCUGCUGGGCCUCCAAAUGCAGACGUCAUGGCCAGCACCCGGGAGGCCCUCCUGCAGAAGCUGGCCUGGGCCUCGGCCGAAUUGGGCUCCAGCACUUCCCUGGAGGCCAGCAUCCAGCUGUGUGGCCUCAUCCGGGCUUGUGCUGAAGCCCUGCAAAGCCUGCAGCAGCUGCAACACUGAGAGACCCGCUUGAGAAAAACCCGCUAGAAAAACA